AUGGAUCGGGAUGCAUUACUAGAACUUUUGACCGAUAGCUCCAGGGCGAGUCAGGACGCAUGUGUUCAGACCCCCAAGAAAGUCCCAAUUAGCCAGUCCAUUGUGGAGUCUCAAGAAGACAAUAUCUCACACGCAAGUCCAGAUUCGCCUUUGCACAACUAUUCCACUACUACGCACAGCAGUUUCCACCAGGCCAACCACACACAGCAGCAACGGCUUCUGUCCACUUUAGACGAUGAUUCUCUUUUGAAACUUGUCAACGCCUAUGAGAAACCGACCGAAAAGCGUUCCUUGUUGGGGCGUGAGUCUGACGACAACGAUAGCGAAUAUGACGACUCACAGGAUGAAAUUUCACAGCACGACGAAUCGCUACACGAUGAAAACCCCUUUAUCGUGACUAGUCCUGCCGCCUCGCAACCUCAAUCAGACCCAUCCGUAUCUGACUCCGAUUCUGUACCUCUCGCAGCCUCUCCCCAUGUUGCCCAUGAUCCAGUCACAACUCGUAAUUUCGGAGACUAUGGACAGUAUUUUUCAGAUAAAAAAAUUCAGCAACAGGACAGGGACGAUUACAUCAAAAAGCUGUACCAAGACGCGCUCAACAAUGGAGAGACAUUUCCGCCAAUUUUCAAAGAUUGCACCGUCUAUAUCAACGGCCGAACCGAUCCCGACAGAAUGCUAUUACAUCAAAAGCUUGUUCUUUACGGUGGACAAUUUCUGCAUUUUUUGAGCGGCAAAACUAGUGCUACUCACAUCAUUGCAAGCAAUUUAACCUCCAAAAAGCGAAUUGAUUUUCAAAAUUACAAAGUUGUGACCCCUAGCUGGGUCAUAGACUCGGUCGCUGCAGGUAAAAGACUACCUUGGCAAGAUUAUGCUUUGUUGACUGGUGAUUACGGUCAACAAAAAUUGAACUUGGCUAAUGCCAAGUCAAAUGAGUUAGACACAUCAUCCACCAGCUUCAGAAAGCAGCGUGACAAUGAUGCCGCUUCUACCACGCUAGACUGCAAGAAUCCCAAUUUUUUGCAAAGCUUUUUCGCUAAAUCAAGGCUCCAUCAUCUAUCGACCUGGAAAGCUGAUUUACGUGCACUUUUUUGUCAUAAAUACAUUGACCAAGCUCAGGUAAAGCCCAUACGCGAAGGAGAAAAUGUGGCCAUUUUUCACGUCGAUUUUGAUUGUUUCUUUGCUACAGUUUCUGCUCUCAGCGACACCCGCUACGAUCUUCAAAAAGAUGCCUUGGCAGUGGCACAUGGCACCAGCAGCUCCGAUAUUGCAAGUUGUAAUUACGUUGCUCGCAGUUUUGGCGUGAGAAACGGAAUGUGGGUACGGUCAGCUCGAAGGUUAUGUCCCGACUUGAUUUGUCUACCUUAUAACUUUGAACAAUACGAAAUAAAUUCCAAGCUUUUAUAUCAAAUUUUGGCAGGAACCAACUUUUUUCAAAUGAUUCUCCCCAUUUCGAUCGAUGAGGCGAUCUGUGUGAAAAGAUUGGACAAAUCGUCAAAUUUCCACGAAAUUCAACAGCUGUGCGAAGACGUAGCUCAAUCCAUACGACAACAAGUCUUCACGGCCACCAACGGCUGUACCGUAAGCAUAGGUUGUGGUCCAUCUUUAGUAUGCGCAAGGCUCGCAUUAAAAAAGGCCAAACCUAAUGGGCAUUGUGUUGUGAUUGAUCUACAAAACCAAGCUCAGAUUGAUCAUUUUUUAUCAGAGUUCUCUUUGAGGGAUUUGCCAGGUAUAGGGACAUCCAUAAUUGACAAAGUCUGUCAACAAAUAUUGUCAGAUACAUUAGAGACUCCGACAAUUGGCGAGCUUAAAAGCCGGUCGUCCUUGCAGUUGUUAAUUUCCAAACUAGGUACAAAAACUGGCCGCAAAGUCCACUUUUUUCUGUCGGGUAAAGACGAUGAGGAAAAUAGUCGCAUCUUGAGAAAUCCUUUCGACUAUUUUGCAAGAAAGUCCAUUUCUGUCGACAUCAAUUAUGCGAUUAGAUUCGACACAAUUCAUGAGAUUGAUGAUUUUAUAGAUCGAAUCUGUGAGCACCUAAUCCCGAAAAUCAUAGAGCUAGGAAUGCUGACUCCGCAAGUCACUCUGAAAAUUAUGAGACGGUGUGAGCAUGCUCCAAUUGAACCGGCAAAAUAUAUGGGGUCUGGUGAAUGCGACACCUUCAGUAGAAGCAGUAGGUUCGGAGUACCUACAGAUGAAAUAGGGUUGAUAGCUACGGAAAUCAAAAGCUCGUUUCGUAUGCUUUCCUGCCCUCCCAAAGAGUUACGGGGGUUAGCGGUUCAAUUGAAUAAGCUCGAGACAAAGGCGGGGAGGGGUGAACAGAGGAAGCUUCCGUUCAUGGAACAGCAGCAUGACUCCUUUACAGGGACAAAAAUCUCUGCAUUAAAAGUAAACGCCUUUCACGCACUCCCUCAAGCUUUGAAAGAAGACGUCAGGAGCGAAUUCGUCAAGCGGAAAAUUGAGGUACCCCCAUCACCAUCAGGUAAACGGACUUCUUCAACGUCACCAGUGAAAGAAUACUGGGAAAAGUUCAAUAAGCAAAAUGACACUUUCAAACAGGAAAUGCCUAGUUCCUUGGAUGAGGAGUUCAUGAAUCAUUUACCCUCACAGAUACAGCGAGAAAUCAAAAGAGACUACGCUAUUGUAAAGAAGACGCGGAGCUCGGUUAGGAGGCGUAUUGUGAGUACAGAUAUACCUGUACUAAAGCCAUGGCUGAAACACAGGUCGACCAUCAGCGAAGUAGACAAGUUUCAGGCUUUAGAACGUCCCCGGGAAAUCUGUAAUUUAGUAGGAACGUGGAUUGAUCAGACUGUCAGUGUUGGACCGCAUAUCGAUGAUUUGAAUUUGUUUGACAGGUAUUUAGAAAGGCUCGCCACGAAGGGUAGAACCCACCAAAUUCUACAAAUCGCCAAACUGAUGUCGUCUAGGUUGGAGUAUCAUUCGUCUUUCACAGCAGCAGAAAUUCAAGGACGUCAGGAAUGGGAAGAGUACCUUCUUAGACGAAUAAUUCCAAUACUUAACUCCAGCACGUCGGAAAGAAACGCUAACAUACAAGUUAUUUUCGAUCUAUGA